GAACUUGACCCGGAUCCCGGAUGCAUUAUUCUGUUUUCACACCUCGCCGAUGAAUCCAAUGUUCGUCGAAAUUAAAACAUUUGACAGUUUUCUUUUCGUAGAAAACCUAAAAAUUAUUCGCGGAGUCAAGUCCGUUCGUCUGAACUUGUUUUUCAUGAAUACUGACCAUUAUACGAUCAGUGUAGUUACUACGCUACGCGAGGUUUCUUGAAUUUUUUUCAUAAAUCAACUCGAGAGGAUUAAAUUUUCUGUUAUUUUUUUCUUUUCUUUUCUUUUUUUUGUGACUUACAAUAUUGGAGUCCUGAGAGCAUUACAAGGAGGAAGACGAAAAUAUCUUUUAAGAAAUCGCGGAAAUGUGUCUCCUGAGAUCUCUCAUGUAUCCUAUGUGCAGUCAAGUUUCCAGAUUGACUCUCCUAGGAAUCAAAUCCAAGUCUCCUGUAUCAAGUUUUCUUAAGUCUCCUGGCAUCAAGUCUCCUGCAUCGAGUCUCCUGCAUCGAGUCUCCUGCAUCAAGUCUCCUGUGUCAAGUCUCCUGUGUCAAGUCUAUUGUACGGACUGUAAUUACCGUAAGGAUUUUGGUAUUUCUUGUUUUAAUUAUUUUUUGGCGCGUAUUGUUUGUAAAAAAAGGAAAAGAAGACAAAAGAAAAAAGGAAAACGAAGAAAGAAUAAAAAAGAAAACUUCUUUGAAACAUUGCCAUCUUUCUGACCAUCCCCCAAUUUUUCUUUAUCUGUCUAGGUUUAUCUUUAUGUCUCUACCAUUUCCCCCCGUUUCAUUUUUACGGGGGAGAUAGAAUUUCUUCAUAAUCUUAGUGCUUUUGCUGGAAGAUUCCUUCCACUAAUUGAAAAGCAAGGUGUUUGUAUCUUGAAGCUCGAUUUUUUACUCUCGUUUAACUCGAAUUCCCUCACAUAUAUUCACUGGAGAGUCAAGAAGAGCCGCUGGAGUCACUGGAGUCGUUUGCUUGCAGAAUAUUUUCAUACAAUCAGCGAUCAGGAAAAAAGAGGAAGCAAUUGGAAUAUGUUUACAAUCAGAAUUACUAAAUGAUACCAUCUUAUUAUUUGAUUAUCGGAAGUUUUGUAAUCAAUUUGAUGAUACCAAAUCAAAGAAUGCCCGGUAUUAUGUUUUGAACAACAUUUUUGGGGGUGUACUUAGUUAUCAUAGUUGGUCUUAUCAAUUUGGUUUGCAUUGUACUUGCAUGUAAAUCGAUUUUUAGAAGAAUCACACUGAACUGUCACACAUAUUUUGUGAGCGUUAAACGUGAAAAUAUUGUGAACGCAUGGAAAUCAAAUCAGAACGCAAGCAUAGUCCGUUAAAAAUUUUGAAUGAGGGUGUGUUUGUAUGCGUGUGUUGUUAUAUUUUUCUUUCCAAUAAUCUCUCAAUUUCUGAAUUUUGUGAAAUUUGUAAAACGUCUAUCAUAAAAACAAAUUUCAGACUGAAUCCAAUUGAACACAUAAUAAAUAUAAUUAA